AUGUCGAAGCCGGAUUUCCCCAAUCAUCCGGAUGAAAAGGGGCGAAAGGUGGAUUUAAUUCGGGGCGCCAUGUACCACCGGCGCACGGGUUCGGAGAGAGAGGGACGCGCCGACGGCGCAAACCGUGCGGAAUACAUCUGGGUCGGGGACUCGAAGGCCGCCAGCGGCCACGUCGUUUGCUGGUUCUUCACGUCGCAGAAACCAAAGGGACAAAAGGAGACCGCCAGCGCUAUGCUUGCGGGCGAAGAUUGGUGGCUGAUUUCAUGGCGCCCGGGGAAGUACAUCCUGGACUUGGACUACCGAGCAUCGGAGAACUUUAUAGACGUGGCGG